UGGAGGAUGUGGUUCAGAGGACCAGAGAGCUAUCCAGAUCUGGUGGCUCCAUGUUUCGGCAUCCAUCCGCUGCAGGGUGGGGGGGGCGCUGGGCAGCGCAGCGUGAAGCCUCAGGACCUGGAUGCUGCCCUGCCGCUGUUCUACAAACACAGAGAACGCCUUGUUGCUAUCGGAGAGAUCGGUUUAGACUUCACGCCGUGGUGUGCUCCCACUCAGCAGGACAGAGACGACCAAAUGACUGUCUUCAUUAAACAGCUCAACAUCGCCAAGGAGCUGGACUUACCUGUGAACGUCCACUCACGAUCGGCUGCUAAAGUCACCAUAGAGACGAUGAGGGAACAAGGUAUCAGUCGAGCUCUGCUUCAUAACUUUGCGGGGAAGCCGUCGGUUGCUCUGGAAGGUGUGAAGGCUGGUUACCUCCUCUCCUUUCCACCUGCGGUCUGCAGGAACCAGCAGAGAGACAAACUGAUCGAGCAGGUCCCGCUGGAACACAUCUGCCUUGAAACGGACUCUCCUGCACUGGGGCUCAACAAGCAUGUGAGGAACGAGCCCUGUAACAUCGUUCUGUCCUGCCGGUACAUCGCCGACGUCAAAGGCCUGUCACCGCAAACCGUUCAGCUCGUCACUGUGCAAAAUGCAUACAGACUCUUCCCGGAGGCUGACAGGCAUUAACACACACACACACACACACAGGACGCAGGUUUGCGAAAUGCGUGGCUUUACGAUGGAUUACGACAGCAGUUGCUGAGAUGUUUCACUCUGGACCAAAGCUUCGGGCUGACGGACUGAUGUUAAGUGACGUUUCACAGGCAACAGACAGUUUGUACCAGUUGAUUUUUCGGAAACAAACACACACACACAAAAAAAAAAUCAUCCAGGCAAAGAGCAACACUUCAAAAACCUUGAACUCGUGUGCGGUGACCAGUGAACGAGUGAGUUUAUGUUCACAGAUUUAUUUAUUUCUUUAUCAUCUUGUGUUCUCGUUGCUCUGUUUAUGGAAAUGAAACACCGAAAGUCGAAGACUUGUUUAGGUCCCAUGGGCACGGUGCCUGUCGUGUUAGCUUGUGGGGCCUCGUCGGGCUGCAGCCGUCUACACCAGGUGUGAUUUAUCUGCAAGACAGGAACAGGGGUCAGAGAGUCAAACAUUUGUAAGAGAUUCAUAUAACGACAUAAACCGCUCUGAUCCAGAAAAUCGGAAAUAAUUUUAAUGUAUUAAAUGAGAACACUUCUGAUUUUCAAGCUUGAGCCCAUUUAUUGAUGACAUCUCUGAAAGGAUGGCUCCAGUUUUAUCACGGAAAUAUUGUUGAUACUGGCCCACGUUGCGUUCAGCCACAC